UCGGCAGCGAGCGCGGCCAGUCAGUUCAUUCAGUCGGCAGGGAGCAGUCGCGGCGGCGCGCGGUAUGGAGGAAUUCGCGUAGCAAUGUCGUUCCGCAGGCUGCUGAGUGCGGUGAGGUCCGCGCGAGACGCCCUCACUCGGGGCGCCCCGCUACCGGACGGCAUCCUCAAAUCCCUUAUAUCCCUAAUCGUGAUCUGCUGCAUAGCGGUUUCAUCACCGCAGACGGCUUCCGCCAAACCGUUCGCAUUCAGCUUUCCCGCGGGCUGGUCGCUGGCCGGGCUGGUGGGCUCGGUGGGAGCGCGCUCCGAAGAGGCGGAGAGACGCGAGCCCGCCGCCGGCGUCAAGCCCUACACCGGCCGGCGCAUCGGCAACGACACCUUGCGCAUGGUCUACCACCACGACCAGACCGUCGCCGUCGUCGAGCUGGGGCCCAGCAAGUUGCUGCUCAAUUGCGAGCUCAUAGAGACGUAUGAUGAAGAAGACACGAGCCGGCUGCUGCGGCAGCUGACGCGCAUCAACCGACCCCUCGACGUCAGCUUCCCGCAGAUGAUUAAGCUCAUGAGCCAAUGUCAGCAGGUGGAGGGCGUGGAGGCGUGGGACAGCGGGCGCGCGGACAGCGGGGCGUGGCGCGAGCGCGGCGCGGCGGCGCGUUUGCGGGCAGGCGGCGCGCACGCCGGCCUGCUCGGCGGCAGCCCGCUAUCGCUGCUGCAGGGCAUCAUACCUGGUACAAAGUGGUGCGGCACGGGCGACAUAGCGGCCGACUACCACGACCUGGGCGCGGACCGCGCGCUGGACCGCUGUUGUCGCACGCAUGACCUCUGCCCCACCAAGGUGCGCGCCUUCUCGCGCCGCUACAACCUCACCAACAACUCUCUCUACAGCAAGUCGCACUGCACCUGCGACGACAUGCUCUUCGACUGCCUCAAGCACACCAACACCUCCGCCGCACACCUCAUGGGCCACAUCUACUUCAACCUCGUGCAGGUGCCUUGUCUCGAAGACAAGCCCACCGGCAGACAGUUCAGAGAAGCAAAGCAAGGGUUCUAGUGACAUCUAGCGGCGGGAAGUGUAACGAAUAACAGCGCCAUCAGACGUGAACUUUUGUAUUUCGCACAGUUUUGUUUUUGUUAUGCUGUAAUAUUGCAUUUAAAGUGUGCGUUAAAUGUGUAAAUAUUUAGAUAAUAUAUAUUCUUAUAAUUAAUUAAUUAGAUUUUAAACCUGUGAUAUGUCUGUGCCUUGAAAUGGUCUGUAAAAUAUUUGUAAGAUGGCGCUGUCGACGAUAAUGAAGUAGUCAAUAGUUAAGGAUUAUUUAUUUUUCCUAUUUCAUUUUUUUGGCUGUUACUAAUUGAGUUUCUGAGGAAUAAAAUUUGUUUUUGAGAGAACUAAUUUUAAUUUACUUCAUGGAAUAAAAUGUGGGUUAUGAGAUCAUUAUACUGUACAUCAAUAAAUGUAAAUUAAAUAUACCAAAUAAAUAUAUUUAGUAUGUUA